GUGAAACUCUAUCGAAAAUAACUUGCGCAAUUUUAAUACGUGGAAUAUCCGAUGAUGAUAUUUUUCAACAUCCUUCAUCAAAUGUAUUCUUAAAUUAAUGAAUUCAGUUUAUUUUAGAUCGUCGGGAGGUGCUAUCGAACAUUGAGAAGUUUAAAUAUAAAUUGUAUUUUUAGAAAACUUAAAAAUGAAGUAUCAAUGUCAACUGCACCGAUGCUUCUGCUUUAAAAACAGUAAAGAUGCUUCGCUAGCAUCGGGAAUUUAUACAACUGUUGUGUCUGCAAUCGGUUUAAUUGCUGUCAUAGCCAUUUGGUCUAUCUCCGAAUUUCAUUCGUCUUCAAAAUAUUUUUUUAUUGCGGUGUACGCUUCAUCUUUAACAUUCUGUUUAAUAUUCCUUCCAUUCAGUUUGCUUCUGGUGUAUGCCGUGAUUAAGAAAAAACGUUUGGCCUUAAUACCAUGGAUGAUUUGGUUGAUGAUUUUAAUGCUCUCUCAACUUGCCGCAAUUAUUGGCUUUUUUGUAUUGGAUAUGUUGUCUGGAGAGAUUUCGCUCCUUCUUGCUUGUGCGGCUGUACUUCUGGCUACGCUAGGAUUACAUAUUGUUUGUUUCCUUGUGGUAAUAACAUAUUAUCGAUCAUUGGAAGUGCCUCAACGAACUGAAGAAGAAAUGGAAAAGUUGUGAAUUUGUAACUUUACAGUAACAUUAAAAAGUUUUUUAUUAAUUAACACUACUUAAUGAUGUA